UCUACACGCGAAGCUUUCUGUUUGAUGGUGUGCUGCCUCCGGUGACCACAGCGCCGUCGUCGAGCUCUCAAAUCCUGCCACCCGAUCCGGACAGAAGAUCGACUUCUUGACGAUUCCUCCGCCAGCCCACGGUCGGUCAGCUCCACACCCCGGAAGAUCGACCUUUUUGUGGAAGAUAUGGAUGUGGAGAAGAAAGGAGGUAGAAACUACCUUACCUGGACGGAUGAAAUGGAUGAAGCAAUGCUGAAUGUGUUCGUGGAGCAUUACAAUAGAGGGGAUCGUGCUCAAAAUGGGUGGAAGCCACAUGUUUACACUGCAGUUGUCAAGAAUGUUCGAGCCAAGUGCAAUGUGGAUAUCACAAAGGAGAAUGUCAUAUCAAGGUGCAAGACUAUUGAUAGACACUAUGUCAAUGUCAGCAAGAUGUUGUCAACGAGUGGUUUUGGGUGGGAUUGGAUCCAUAACAAGCUUAUGGUUGAUAGUGAGGACGUGUGGAGCAACUAUGUCAAGGCAAACAAAGAUGCCGCAUGCUACAGGCACAAGGUCAUAAAGUUUUGGGACUCUAUCAGCCUUGUCUUCUCGAAGGAUCAUGCCACC